ACGUACGAGAAUCUGAAGAGCUCCAGUACCUAAUUUCAUUUGUGCACGUCAUGAAAAUCUGAUUUUAUUAUAAAGAUAGUUGGAUUCGAACAACACAAACACACUCAGCCGUGCAAUAUAUUCCGCAGUAUAUUGAGACCACCGCUAAGUUUCUUUACUGUUUAACUAAACAUCACCUUUUACUGGCCCAAAAUGUGUGACGUGACUGCAGGAGACGCUUGUUUUCCAGGAACCUCGGGAAAUGGGAAGUCAAAGUUUAGGUUUCUUCGUAGCUCAGAGGAGGCUGUCGCCGCCAUCCGAGGAGUUCUGUCCGCUGACCCCCGUUCAGUCUACAGAAGGACCCGCUGCAAAGACCGACUCUUCUUCUUCACCCUGGACACGGCUGACGUCACCGCCUGGUUUGGGGAAGGAUUUGCUGAGGUGCUCCGAGUCAGACCUGUGGAGGGCGACACUUCUGUGUGAACUGAUGACAUUAUAUUGAGCAAGAGUAACUUCAGGUUUACUAGAGACUGGCUGACAUGUCCAGCAAUCCAGGUUUCGACGAGGAAGGCUUGCCUUCAAACAGAUGUGGAGAACGCACCCCCUUGAGAAGUCUGGGCAAUGAAAGAUGGUCAACCCCGUUAUCAUGGCACAAUUCAAAAGCCAUGAAUGCAGUUGCUGGAAAUAUCAAGGAUGAUCAAGAAAAUCUCCAGAACAUUCCUACACCUUCAAAGUCGCCACAAAUCACUACGUCCUUGAUGGAUGCAGUCGCUGAUGGACAUGGAGAUGUUACUCUUAAAUCUUUUAUCUGUGAUGGGGGUGAGGUGGAGAUCUCAGAUGGAACGACGUGCAUGGAAAUGAGCAUCAUUCUCCCUCAGGACCAAGAUGUCAGUGGUGUAGACGAACUGCAGUCAUUUAUUUCUGAUAGUAUAAUGGAGAACCAUAUAGAGCAUCCCUACUCCAAUCCUGUUUUGGAAGAGCUUUUCUCCACGGACACAAAUGAUGCAAAACUCCAGAGCCCUGCCGACUUGGACAGUGACCCACCAAAUGAAGCCAACGUUCAAGAAGAUGACCAUGGAGGACGUGAUAUCACUUGGAAAUCCUUUGCUUGUGAUGGAGGUGAAGUUGAGAUUUUUGAUUCACCUAAGAAGUUUGACCAGACUAUUCCUCUGCUUGAGGGGCAGCACGCUGAGCCAAAGCUGGACGAGACCUUAAAUGUCAGUGUAGACUGUUCACAGUUCAGUCCAUCAAAGCAUGAAGAUCAUCAGUACUGUCGCGGUGAACUUGCUGUAACGGCUCCAUUAUCCACAUGUGAAGAACCUGAGAAACAAAGUGAAGCAGAAUUGCAAUCUUCACACUUCACGGAAUCUGCGGGUGAAACUUCCAAGUCCGUAAACGAUGCCAGUCCAGCUGACCAAACUGCUCCAAGUCGUGAUGUGAUCCGUGCUGAGGUGGAGCUUGUGCUGCUGCAUGAUGACGUCCAACCUGUCACUCUUCAUUUGGAUCCAGCAUUUGGAAAUAUUGAAGAAGACUGUCAUUCAAGUGACCUCUCCGUUGCUCAAGAGUCAUGCAGUGCUGAAGGUGACGAAGAGCAAGUGACUGUGCAAGAUGAUGUUUCCUUUGCUCACACUGACUGUGAACCUUCAAACGACUCCCAAAUGCUUCUGAAGAUUUGCACUGGGCCUGACCAGUGUCAACCUGAGGCGGAGAUCAGUCUUAAUCCCGCCCAAUCCCACUUCAAAAGUGAUGAGCUCAGCACUGAUCUUGAACAUGAUUUGGACACACCUGAUGUCAACACCACACUCCGGACUUUGGAUGAGGAAACAAUGGUUUCAAAAGGAAAUCCAGAAACGACACCCCUGGAUCGAGCUGAGCCCACAGCUCCACACAUGAAGACGGAUGUCUCUCAUCUUCAGCCUGUGUCUGGACUACAGGAGGGUCAUUCCCACCUGCUUUCUGGAAAUGAACAAUCUCGCUCCAGCGAGACCAAGGACAGUGCCUUUGGGUCACCUGGAAACUUCUGUAACCCUGAAGAAAAACCUUUGGCAGAGACUCUCCCUGAUGUUUUCAGACUUCUCUCAGAAUGUCCGUCAAUGGCGUCUGCGUUGCAUUUGUCAAUCCUCAGUCCGAUUGUUCGCAGAGCUUCUAUGGCUCGGACUAGCAAAGAUCAGGCGGCAGGUGCUGCCGCACUUGAAGAUGAGAGAAUCUCGGAGAAUCCUGCUCACAUGGAGGCCUCUGUUCUCUGGGCGGAACAUGUGGAGAGCAACAUGCCGUCCCCCCUUUUCAACUCUACGGCUCUGGGGUGCAAACCCCAAACUCGUGCAGUUGAAAACACAUCGAGUCCUACGGCAGCUCCCGCACCAGAAAUGAAAAACUUGGAUGCUCCCUUAUUUCCUCAUGGUCCGCUGCAGCAGCAGCUCCGGCAGAUGGCAGAGUUUCUCCUGCUGGCGUCAGGAAAAAUGGCUGUCGGUUCCAGCUCUGCUCUCGUUCCUCCUCCUGCACCUGCAGACACCCACAGUGUGUGUGUGGGCACCAGCGCUGACCACAUGGUGGACUGCAGCCUCAAUACCUCGGGAGAGUUUGUGAGGAAAAGGGAAUUUUCUGUGGCCGAUGCCUGCACUCUGACUGACCCCCUGCUCUGGAAUGUGUCUUCAGGCAGCCUGGACUGCCUCGACAGAAGUGAGCUUGAGCAGAGGUUGAGGUCCAGCAUGAUCAUGGUCGAAGCCUUGGUGCAGCAGUUGAGUGUUGCCAGAUCAGCAAGAAGGAUUUCUGCCGGUCCACUGCCAUCGGAACUCAGAGAAAAGCUGGUGCAGACGGAGCACACUGAGCUUAGUCAGACGACCAUGUACCGCGAUCUCCACAUGACUGCCUUAAAGCGGAUCCAAGAGCUGGAGCUCGAUGGCCGUUCUUUAGAGAGCCUUGUCAGUGGGAUGCAGGACAUGCAGCUCAACAUGGCGUCUUUGUCAAGUGACUUGGAUUCUGGACUUUCUAACAUGAAGCAGACGGAGGAGUUGAUACGAGAAGAUCACCAGAGCCUUGUCUCACAUUACGGCACAAUGAAGACGCUGCUUCAAAGGUCAAAAGAGACGCACGGGAGGUUGAUGGAGAAGGUCAGAGAUACUCUCGAGCAGAAGGAGGACAUGAGAACACGGAUGGAGGACGCCUUCGCAGCCAAAGAGGCCGCCUUCAGUGUCGUGGAUCAGCUGAGGUCUCACUCUGCCAGGGAAAUCACAGAGCUGCAGAAGAGCUUGGGAUCCCAGGAAGAACUGCUGGCUGCUCUCAAUACAACCUACCCAGAUCAGGCUAAACUGAAGGAGGACUGCACCAAAAUUCUGAACUCUGCUUCUGAUCUUCUACAACAAACUUUGGAGGAGCAGUCAAGUUUGAUUCAAGAACUGUCCGAGGUCAAGAAGCUUCUGCACAAGACGACUCCGAUGCUCCUGAAACUGAAUGAAAAAGCUGUAGCGGCUGUGAGAGAAAGAGACGAGCAUCUCUCUGAAAAACAUAGAGCCAUAGAAGAGAUGAAACGGGUGGAGGAGGAGCUCAUUCAGACUAAACAGGACCUGGAAAGUGCCAGAGAGGAGGUUGGAGCUUCAAACCUGAAGGUUACAAUUCUGACUUCAGAAAUGAGCGUUCUGGGCCAGAAGAGCUCAGAGCAGGAGAAGGAGCUGGCUCAGCUGGAGAGGACGGUGACUGAGAUGUCGGCCACCCUGUCCUCCACAAAGGCUGCUCACACCUUCCUCGAGCACACGUCCGCAGCCGAGAAGGCAAAGUUGUUGGAAGCACAGAAUGAUCUACGACUGUCCUCCGAGAGGUCUGAGGUGUUGGAGUCGUCCCUGAGUGAGUCUGAGCAACGCAACAGCGAGCUAAGCUGCUCCCUGGCUUCAGCCAGUGAGCAACUCAACCAACUUCAAGAACUCGCCCACUGUCAGAAGCAGGAGCUCCAGGAGCUUCAGGAAGUUUGUACCAAACUGAAUGGUGUCCAGGAGCUGAAUGAGUUUUUACAGAUGGAGAAUGACUUGUUGCGGGAGCAAAUGUCUGAGAGUGAAGGCCUACUGAAGGAGAACUUACAUGGUCUCCGAGAGCGGAACAUCCAGUGUGAGGACCUCAAAGUUGAGCUGUCUCAACUCAAGGCUGAAAACAAAAUCCUGUACGAGGAUCUGGAAGCUACGAGGCAGAGCGCCAACGACACUCAGCUGCAGCUGAAAGAGAAGCUGGCCCACGCCAUGACUGAGGUCGCCCUGAUGCUUCACACCCUGCGAGGAGUGAUCGAUGAGCUUCACACAUCUAAUCAAGACAUGUCUGGAUCGCUCCAGGUGGAGAGUUGUCAUCCCUCCAGCGUCAUGGCUGCAUUCUCAACAGAGAAUGAAGAGGAAGCACUGACUGACAGCCGACCUGCUGAACCAGAUUCGGCCUCUUUAUUCAGCGAAACCAGCGCCUUCACCCGCAUCCCAGUGAUCACCAUGAGCGCAGCAGAGUGUGAAACGGGCUUCGACGAGUGCAACGUUGCAGAUUUGCUCAUGAACCUCGGAAACAUGGUCACAGAACUGGUCACAACACAGAAACAGGUUCAUGAGUGGAAGAACGCUCAGCUGGAAGAGCUGCGGAACAACGUCUGUGACCUGCAGGUGGAGCUGAGGUCCUCCAACGACAGGCGUGACGCCGAGGUGCUGGCGUUGCGGCAUCAGCUGAAUCGCACCAGCAGCCAGGUGGAGCUGGGGAACCAGGCCGUGGAGCAGAACGCUCAAAAUGAGAAAGUGAUCGCCAAACUGAAGUCAGAAGUGAUGGAGCUCCAGGCGAGCGUGACCAGACACAAGCUGGAAGCUAAUGAUCUGCGUAAAGCUGUGUUGGAGCUGCAGCGCUCACUCCAGCAGUCCCUCGCCGAGUCUCAGGUGCUGCGCAGCGAGGUGAAGAAAAGCAGCAGCCAGGCCAUCCCCUCCACUGUAAUGGAGGAGAAGAUCCAGCUGAUCAAGGAGGUGACCCAGCUGAAGCUGAGCCUCCAGGAGGCGGAGCAGGCCACAGCCAAGCUGCAGGACAGAGCGAAGCGACUGCAAAUGAUCCAGCAGGAGAGCGAGAAGCAGCUCUACGUGCUGAGCAACGUGAUCAAUAAAGUUCGAGAGACCCUGCUUUCCCUGCCACAUGUGCUGAAGAGCUGCGAGCAGCUGCAACAACUGGUCAAGUGCCUCGGUUAAAACGUCACUGUGUAUAAGUAUUUCAACUUUUACUGUAGUUUGUGUUCACUUUUACUUGUCUUUUAUUGUCUUUCUAACAUUCCAACCAGUUUGUGUUUCGUUCUUGAUGUGUCAUUUUGUAUUUAAAUAACUUUUA